AUGGGGACAGGGACACCCUGGGAACAGGGACAUGGAGAAGGGCCAUGGACACCCCGAGAACAGUGACAUGUGGGCCAUGGGGACAUUCAGUCGGAGAGCCACUCCGUGCCUCAGUUUCCCCCGGUCCCGCUGGAUCCUCCAGGUGGCCGCGGCGGUGUCGGUGGAGCCGGCGGCCAUCAGCGUCACCCGGCGGAACUGCCGCCGCGGCGGCUCCGGCGCCGUCUGCCUCCGCGCCCGCCUCUGCUUCCGCGGGCGGAGCCGCGCCCCGAGCGCGCCCCCGGGGCUGGCUGUCGAUCUGCGCUACAACGUGUCCCUGGAGGAGCGGGUCCCGGGAUCCCGAGCUGCCUUCGACUCCGGCGCCCGCCGGCUGCUGCAGCGCCGCGCGGAGCUGCGGCUGGGCGGGCAGAGCUGCGCCCGCGUCCCCUUCCACGUCCUGGACACCUCGGAUUACCUGCGGCCCCUGAGCCUCAGCCUCAGCUGGGCGCUGGGGGCGGCCGCCGGCUCGGUGCUGGAUGAGGCGGCUCCCACCUCGCUCCGCAAACUGGAGCCCAGCUCGGUGAAGUUGGAGUGCUCAGCCCUGGGGGGGCACCGCCGGCGCUGCAGUGUGGGGUACCCCGUCUUCCGCUCGCAGGCCAAG